AUGUCAGCCCCCACCACCUCUCGCCGGCCCAUCAAGGGAAUCCUGAAAAACAAAGGUUCCACCGCUUCCUCAGUCGCAGGCUCGGCCCAGCAGUCCGGUGGACCACUCCAGGAGGUCCAUAGAAAGAAAUCCCAAAAGUGGGACGAGUCGAACAUCUUGGCGACCUACCGUCCAGAGUACAGAGACUACGAUUUCAUGAAGAUGAAUGAGCCCAACACUCCCCAGCUCGGUCUGCAGAAUUAUGGGGAAAGAAGUGAAGAGAGUGAAGCCACGGCCCUCGACAGCUUAACCAAGAGAUUGGCCGCCACCUACACCUCCGAUUCCAACUAUCCAGGGCGGGAGCCCGAACUGGAUGGAGCGCACAGCAGCAAAAUCUACCUUGACAGGCAAGAGAAACAUCGGCAGUUCGAAAUGAAAAGGAAACUUCACUACAGCGAAGGAAAGAACAUCAAACUCGCCCGACAACUGAUUUCCAGAGAUCUACUGCAUGAUUACGAGGAUGAGGAUGAUAAAAACGAGGAAAGCCACGACAAGACUACCACCCAGGAAGAAGCAGAGCAAGGCGCCACCAGCGACGAAGGCCUGCAGACACAGACCUGCUGCUACCACAGUGAUGAUGACGAAGACGACAAGUAG